AUGGGGUUCUGCAGGGGCGAUCUUGUUGAAGUAGCAAGCAACGAAGAUGGAUUUCUAGGUUCUUAUUAUGAGGCAAUUGUGGUGUGCCAACCUCUCAAGAAAGAUUAUAUUGUGCAGUAUAAAACCCUAUUGAAAGAUGACCACUCUGGUCCCUUGACAGAGUUUGUUACCCUCAAUGAACUCCGGCCAGUGCCACCUGAGAUUCAAGUGAGUGAGUUUAACUUGCAUGAUCAAGUUGAUGCUUUUGAUAAUGAUGGAUGGUGGGUUGGCAAAAUUACUGUUAUGGCUCCACUCGUAGCAUUAAAGAAACAACACUCAAGAAUAGCGUAUCCAAAAGUAAUCAAAUCAACUACUACAACAUUCAAGAAACAAUCACAAAACUCUAAAGAUAUAGGGUUCUUCCGUAAGGGCGAUCAUGUUGAAGUUGCAAGUAAAGAAGAUGGAUUUCUUGAUUCUUAUUAUGAGGCAAUUGUAAUAUCGCAACCAUUCAAAAAAGACUAUAUCAUACAGUAUAAUACCCUAUUAAAAGAUGACCUUUCUGGUCCAUUGAAAGAGUUGGUUACACUCUCUGAACUUCGUCCAGUGCCACCUAAGAUUACGGCUAAUGUGUUUAGCUUGUUUGAUCAAGUUGAUGCUUUUGACAAUGAUGGAUGGUGGGUUGGCAUGAUAACUGGCAAGAUUGGAACUAAGUAUUAUGUGUACUUUGAUACCUUUGGGGUUGAAUGUGAAUAUGAUGAAAGUGACUUGAGAGCUCAUCAAGAUUGGGUUGAUGGCCAAUGGAUUUCUUCGAAAGAGCAACUGGUGUAUAAUUUGGAGAAGUACUUUCUUGAAAAAUACAACAAUGUUAUUGUUUAG